AUGUGGGCGGGCGUGGUGUUGUUGACGUGUGAUUUGAGUGAAAAUCAAGGAGCUGAAGAUACGUUCGCACAACUCGAGAAACUAGAACGGAGAUUGGACAACCUCGAGACCAAGGAGCCAUGGCCAUUGGCAGAAUCGACAUCAAACAUCACAACGCUUAAGCUGGAUCUCUGCAUCCUCGACGCCCGCAUUGUGGUCAAGAUCCUCAAAUCGAUCAAGAAACUGCGAGAUUUUCUUUAUCAAUCUGUAACCUGCGACGCUUCGUACACAUAUCCGAACGACGACACUCCCUUGCCUCACUUCAUCUGGACAGAACUCGCAGCUGGUCUACGAUAUCAUGCUGAUUCACUCAAAUCCUUGGCGAAAUCCAUUCUCGACCCAAAUGAUGGCGACAGCGACCUUGCCCAAAAAUUGCCCAAUGGGCUCGAAGCCCUGUAUUUCACCUGGCCGCAUCGCAGCGAACACAAGUAUUUGUGUCGCACUGCUCUGGCGUCUCUCCAGGCCGGUGUUUUUCUGCCCAUAACCAGAGAGAUUGAGGGCGUCAUUGUCGUAUCCGAAGUUCCCAGUGAUUAUGUAGAACGUGUCAGGUUUAUCCCCGCGUUCGAGGUGCUGGAGCGGGCGGGUGUGCUAGUCUCCACUUGGUUCUGGAGACCUACAUUUGAGAUUUUGAUGCUUGAGGACUUGCGUACGGUUGAGGCGGAGAUGCGUGAAGAGGGAGGUGAAAUUGAUGGCUAG